GUAACCUUUAGACAUUGGAGUUUGAACUCAGAAAUACGUCUCCAGUUGAAAGGUUCAUGUACAUUAUUUCUAAACUGGCAUUCAAAGUUGGCAUUCAAAGUUCAAGCAUCUAGAAUAUUCCCAUAUUCAAAGUCCACAAUUAAAAAUACUCGCACCAAUCAGAUUGAAGAAAAUCUCACAAUGAAGUAAUAACAUGUGAAUCAUAGCUGCCUGAUAAAACUAGGGAAUUUUUGAUAGCGUGAAUCAAUUGCAAAGUUCUACUGAACAAAGAACACAAGGAUAUAAUCAUAAUUUCACAAGAAGAAAACACUCAGAACAAAAGAUGUCAGAUGAACAGUUUUUAACUCGCAUGUCGACAUACCCAAUGGUGAGCUCUGCCCUGGGCCAGCUGACUAAUGCGUAUGAGGCGACAAAGAACAGCAACAACCUGGUGAAAUCAACGCUAGAAAUGGCUGAGAAUGGAGUUAAGGGGGUGGCACAACAUACUGCACCCAUUGUAGACAAACUACAGCCCCAGGUAAGCAAACUGAACUCUAUAGGAGUGAAUUCAUUAGAAAGACUGGAGAAGACAUUCCCAGUUGUAAAGGCUCCAACAGAUGAGGUACUGAGCAAUACAAAGCAGAUCUAUGACAGUACACUUAAACCAACAGUGGACUAUGUAGCUGCACCUGUCACUUACAGUGUGGAAAAGGUUCAAAACCUAACAGGCUACAGCACUGAGAAAAUGCAAGAUGUCAAAGAAUACAGCAACCAGAAAGUGAAGGAAAUCAAACAACUGACAAAUGAGGCUAUACAGGGCACAAAGCAGUACAGUAGUGAGACAAUGACAGAUGUGACAGCGUAUACGACAAAGAAGGUGACGGAUGCUCUCAACACUCCCUAUGGGAAAACAGUCCUUACAGGGGUUGAUUCAUUUUUGGAAACAGCAGAAACCUAUGUUGAGAAAUACCUGCCUGAAUCAAAGAUAGAUGAUAAUAAUGAGACAUGCAAAAUGGAAGUGGUACCAUCAAAGCAGACAUCCAAUCAGCUCACAAGAGCAGCAUCGCUGACAGGGAAAGUACGUCAACGAAUGUUCAGCAAAGCAAUGUCAGAUCUGGUGAACCUUCAAACAAGGAGCAAAGAGACUCUCAACAGACUCAACUUCACAGUAGAUCUGAUCCAGUAUGCCCAGACAAACCUUGACAGUGCAAAAGACAAGGCAGCAUACUAUUGGGAGGAGAUCUCUAAGGUGGAAGAGACCAUGAGUGAACAGGAGAUGACCAGUGAGCAGACAGAGGGUGUUGUGGAUAAGAGUACGGAGGCAAUGCAAGAUGAUGAUGUGGAGACAUAUAUUGUGGAGCCUAAAAUGACAAUGGAACGAAGGGGAAUUCUACUAGCGCGGAGUCUUGCUAUGCAGUUGAGAAGAGGUCUGAACAUGACACAGGAAUCGUAUAAACUGUUACCAGAGUCCAUCCAGGAGAAGAUCAACAAUGCUCAAGGGGUCUCUGAAUCUCUCUUUACAUCUCUCACUAAUGGUAAGGCUCUACACAAGAUGCCAAGCCAGGCUAUGGAGCAAGUAAGAGCCGAACUUGAGUACUUAAAGAAGAUGGUUGGAAUCCUUGGUCAAGUGGCACUCACUAGUGCACCACUACAAUGGCUGGGUCUGAAGGGCAAGCCAGGAUGGGUAGAGGAAGAGCAGGGGGACAACAAUGACAUAGUCAUGAUGGAAUCAACCCAGGAUAAUAAAUAUAUUCAUGAGAAAGAUGGCAGCACUAUUGAAACAUAAUCACAAAGACUCACAAUAUUAAAGAUCUAGAAGACAGAUGGCAGCACCAUC